GAGUUAUGCGUAUAGAAAAUCGAACUUUGAAAAUGCACCUUAAGAUUAUAUAAAGAGAGACAACUCUCCAUUGACAAAUUCCUUGUUUCAAUAAAAAGUCACAGUACGUUAGUAUUAUCACAUUACUCGUCAAACAGCGCCAUCUUGCCUCGUAAUUCUAAUUCGUCAGUGCCUGUGAAUGGACUUGUCAUAAGUGUUUUAUAUUAUUUUGUUUCUUAUUUCCGUUAAAAUUAGUAUAUUAAAUUUCCAGUCUAUAUUACGUAUUACAAAGUCACGCCCGAGCAUGAGAAAGUAUAGAUAGUUUCGAAAUUGACAUAUCACGCAUUUUCAUGGAUUAGCCUUGCACCUAAACCAGUUUUAUUAACAAGGCUUUUUGAAGAAAAAUUUGAAUUUCCCAUUGUAUCAAUUCUAGGAUUUUGUUGUGAUUCAAAAAGUGUUUGGGAGUUUUCUGUAUUUGUGGACAAGAAGUAGCUUCAUCAACGACCCGAGCCAUAUUUCAUAUGCCAACAAUGGCUAUGCAGAAGUGAAAAUCUUUUAGAUGAGAAGACAAGGUCAAGACGUUAUGCAAGUGAAUUUAGCAGGUAUUAGGCGAGAUAUUGUUAAUCUUGCCCAUAAUUAUAGCAAUGCUCAGAAAGCUGUACGUAAAGCCACUAGUAAUGAUCCUUGGGGUCCAAGCAGUACACUUAUGGCAGAAAUUGCUGAUUUAACAUAUAAUGUUGUGGCUUUCACUGAGAUUAUGCAAAUGUUAUGGAAAAGAUUAAAUGAUCAUGGCAAAAAUUGGCGACACGUAUACAAAGCCUUAGUUCUUUUAGAAUAUCUGAUCAAAACAGGCACAGAAAAAGUUGCACAACAAUGUAAAGAAAAUAUUUUUGCCAUUCAAACAUUAAAAGAUUUUCAAUAUAUGGAAGGAUCUAAAGAUCAAGGAGUUAAUGUUAGAGAAAAAGCAAAACAACUUGUGGCCUUAUUAAAAGAUGAUGAAAGAUUACGAAAUGAAAGAGCUAGAGCAUUGAAAGCAAAAGAAAGAUUUGCACAAUCAGUUAGUGGAUUUGGUAGUGAUGGAUUAGAUACUAUGUCACCUGUAAGCAGUGAUUUUCAAGAUUGGGAACCAUGUCGCUUAGGAUCUGAAACUACUACUAGACGUACGACUGAAUUAGAAGCUGCAAGACCACAAACAGUGGGUGAGGAAGAAUUACAGUUACAAUUAGCUUUGGCAAUGUCAAGAGAAGAAGCAGAACAAGAAGAACAAAGAAGACGUAGUGAUGAUGUCAGAUUACAAUUAGCUCUUAGUCAAAGUCAACAAGAUUUUAAAGCACCUCAAACUGAGAAACAAAGUCAUAUGCUAGAUUUGCUGGAUGUAAAUUUAGAAGAAGCAUGUGGAUAUAAUGUAAAAACUGAUCCUUGGGGUAUACCAAUAACACCACCUCCACCCAGACCUCAAUCUUUGGAUUUAUCUCAAUUUUAUCUAUAUAAGCCACAAAAUGAUCCAUGGAGUGUUCCUACAACAAGUACUACAUCACCUGCAAUAGAUCCAUGGACUCCCGUACCACAAAGAUCAACUGCUACAAUUGACUCAUGGCGAGCACCUCCUUCAUCACCUGUAACAGUUACAACUUCACCUAGUACAGAUCCAUGGUCACCAAUACCUUCUACUAGUACUACUGCUAUCACUACUGAAGUUGAUACAAAUAAAAAACAAGCUAGCCGAGAUGGUAUGACAUCUGCUUCUCCAUCUUUUAACAAUUCUACCUUAACACAAAAUAUUGGUUUUGCGGCACAAUCGCCGCAAAAUAUAGGUUUUAAUUUGCCUACGACUUCAAGUGCUACAUUCAAUACAACUAAUAAUGACUUCAAUGGAACUGGUCCUAGUCUUAAUAAUUUCCCUAUUGGAAAUCAAAACAAUUCUGUAGCCAGUCCACUAAGCGAUUUAGAUGAAUUUGAUGUAAUUACUAACAGAAAUAAGCCUGGAUCUAGUCUGCAAACUACAAAUAAUGCAAGUACACUAUCACCAGAUCCAUUUGAUUUGGGAGGCAUAGCUGAAACUCUUCCCACUAGUACAGGAGCUGUUAAAAAAACACCACAAUCGUUCCUUGGGGAGAACUCUGCUCUUGUUAAUCUUGAUAAUCUUGUCAGUUCUUCUGCGAUCAAAUCAACAACACCCACACCUGCAGCAACAAUGUCAUAUUCGGCAAAUCCAUUUGCGACGGCAACAGCGCCACCUCGUCCUACAAUUAAUCAGAUUCGACAAGAUCCUUGGGCAGCGAAUACAACUACUACAGCGAAUCCGUUCCUUUCGUAGCUUGGUGAUAAUCGUUGAAUGUGUCAGUCGAAAAUCAAGAGCACUGUGGUUUAAAACGUAUUCAAGAUUUUUAACGAUAACCCUGUACGGUAUAAGUUUCUCACUCGUUACGAAAUAGUUUUACUUGAAUAUAAAAAAUGAUAAAUAGAUAACAAAUGAUGUCUAAUCAAAGUAAAAUAUUUAUUAUAAACAUUUUAGUUUCUUUUCUGAGUUAAUUAAUGACAAAAGGAAGCUUAAAAAAUAUAUUAAUAUAACUAGUUUAAUUCUUUUGAACUGAUGAUAAAUAAUGCAACAAAUAACUAUAUUUGUAAACAUUAAUAUUUAUUUCUACAUAUAAUUGAAAAUCUAUAACUUAUAAUAUUCAUACGAAAGUAUUAAUGUGUAUAACUUAAUACACUAUUAAUGUGUAUUUAUUACACUAUUAUGUGUAAUUAUAAUUAUAUAAUGUAUAUUUUAUUACAUAUUAAUAAUGAAAGAAAAUUAUCUAAAAAAAGAAGAUAAUAUAUAAUAAAUAAAAAAUUAAGAAAAAAAUCAUAUUUCAAUUUUGAACAUUUAAACGCUUCCAAACUAUAACUAAAUUUUAUAAGAACUUUUUCCAUUUAUGAUAUAUUUUUUAAAUGCAUCUCGAAUUGGUAAUAGAAGAUUGAAUAAGAUUUUCAUUAUGCUGUAGAUUAUAAUUGAUUAAUUAAUAUCAUGAUUAUUUCUUUUAUUUUAUAUUUAUGUACAUGUACAUUUUCUAUAGCUAACGAGAUUAUGAGACUGUCGUGAUUUGCAGGAGUAAAUUAUAUCGAACAGGGUUUUUCAAUUUAUGUUUUACGCUUAAUGUGACAUGCAUUGAUUGUGAUUCGUAAAAAUAUUGGUGUCAUGGCAUGCCUUUUAUGACUAAUACUCAUCUUGCAAGAAAAAUGCUAAUCGUAUAUGUCUUUGCUAAUUCAUUAUUUUUCAUUAUUUAACAUCUUGAUUACUUGCAGAUGAAAUAAUUGUGUUAUGGAGUUUAUAGCUGCAAAAUAUUUAUAUCAUAUAAUUAUAUCUUCUAAUAUUAUUGAAGUACAUAUAUAUGUACAAGUUAAAUUAUUUAUGAAAUUUUAUGCAUUUGAUUUGAAUAAUUGAAGAUAUAUGCAUAGGCUUCAUGCACUAAAGAAAACCAAACACAGCCGUAAUUAAUAUGCAUUUUUCUAUAAAUGGAUAAAUCGAUGCGUUUUAUUGUUUCAUGGAGACUUAUUAAAAUAUAAUGUUUAUGUUGGUUUCUAUAAAUAUUUUAGAAAUUUCUUAAAGAAAUUCUUUAACGCGGUGUCUUUAUUCGUUCGACUGUCAAACUUAAUGAACCAACAUGAAAAUAAAGGGUAAUGUGAAGUGCAUUAGCUUUCUUUAUACGCAAAACGAUUUACAAUUGUACCUUGAUUUAUAUAAAAAAAAAAAAUUGUAAAUAUGUUAGCAUAUUGUUCCCCAACUGUCAAAUCUUUUCCUUCAA